AUGUCCGAUAUCAGCAUCUACAACGUCAGCGUUGGCGUGUUCACCAGAGGCACGGUCGUCCUCAUCGGCUUGCUCAGCAAGGCCACGCAACACAGCGGGGCGGACAGCCUUCCCUCGGCCACGCUCAUAGAGGACAUGAAGCCUCUGAGCUUUCACGUGCAAUCUGUCUGGAAUACCACCAAUCUAUCGCUGAAAAGAUUCGGCAUCGACAGCUUGGAGACUUGGGAGGACGAGGAGCCCCUGACCAUGGCCCAGCUUGUCGAGCGCGCAGAAAAGCUCAAAGCCUUUCUGGAUGGCAUCAAACCUGCGGAGCUGGAGGGCAAGGACAAGAUGGAAAUGAAAGUCAUGGGAGAGACGGGGACUGGGAAGCAGUUCAUCUUGUCGCUUGGCAUGCCAAACUUUUUCUUUCACCUACAGACGGUCUACUCUAUUCUCCGCAUGAAGGGAGUGCCGCUUGGCAAAGUCGAUUACUUGGGCCCAUGGAACGAUACCUGGGAGAAUUAA